CUUUUGCCUCAACAGCGACUUCUUCGUCGUCGUGUACGUCGUGGCCGUGAUUCUAGACGAGAAAAACUCCAUGUGCUUCGCGCGGCUCGUGCACACGUGGAAUAUUGAAGGCGACAACCCGUGGAUCGACAUCCAAAUGAUGUCGAUGCAAUUUCGAUGGCUAUGCAUCAACUGCUUUGUCGUCUAAGCCGCCAAGGUCGUGUUCAACUUUGCGAGCCUGACCCGGUACAGCGGGUCGAAGACAGUGGUCGGGUUUUUCAACUUUAGCUCGGUCACGUACAUCUACCUCGGCGCGGUGUUCGUCAUGAAACGCGCGCAGUACAUUGAUUACGGCAACACGGACCGCACGACGCUGUCGUCGACGACAUCCGACCUCGACGGCAUCCGCAUCGACUUUUCCGACUCGUGGUUUGUCCGAUCGUUCCCGAGCAUGAUGGUGGUCAUGGUGCUCAAUUUGUUGUUGAUGCUCGGCCUUGAUCGAGUCUGGAACCGCAGCAUGUGGCGCCGCCUCGCGCAAAACUCGCUCGGACGCCAAGCCAUGUUUAACUCGUCGUCCAUUCUGUGUGAAAUGUGCUAUGCCUUUCACGAGUUGGACAACUACAAGAACCAGGCGGUGGUGGUGCAGACGCGCGCUUUGUGCACCGUCCAGUGGUUCCUCAUGUGUCACACGUUGUGCUUUGGGCUGCCAGAGAACCCAAAACACGUCCGCGCGAUGAUGACCAAGUCCCUUGGCAUACACAGCAGCGGGUACACGGUUACGAACGUGUCUGAAACUGGAAACGGCGAACGGAUCUGUGGGCAUCGAAACAAGGUGACGGUGACGGAUACGAGCGGCGGCGGGAAGGGGUCGUCGUAUCGCGUGGUCGGGACGGACGCGCUGCACCAUGCACUCAAAGCUGUGCACGAGGACAACUUGGGCACGGUCGAACCCGCCAACGAAGACGACGACGGCAAGGCAAUCCACAACGACCUGUGCAUUGUCGCGCAAGACGUAGAUGGCAACAUCCACUUGUACGACGCCAGGAAACGAGAAGUCCAAUCGAUGAGCUUGGAAGUGAAAAUCCUGAGCGAUUCGCGAUUCAUGAUUGCGUAGACGGGUUUCGUUUACAUGUGAUCCAAUGGAAUAAGUCCAAUACUUACAUACACUAGUAUUUGCG